CAGGUCGGGUGGAUCCUGCUUGGCAGCUGCAGGGCGGGCUCAGGGCUCGAGGCGAGGGCUCCUUUCUCUUCCUGCGGCCAUGGAGCGGCUGACGUUGCCUCCCGGCGGCGCGGCGGCGGUAGACGAGUACCUGGAGUACCGGAGAAUUGUUGGUGAGGACGAUGGAGGGAAACUUUUUACUCCUGAAGAGUAUGAAGAGUACAAGAAAAAAGUCUUACCCAUGCGUUUACAGAACAGGUUAUUUGUGAGCUGGCGGUCACCAACAGGAAUGGACUGUAAACUUGUUGGCCCAGAGACACUGUGUUUUUGUACACAUAGGUAUAAACAGCAUAAAACUGACUUUGAAACGAUUCCACAGCAGCGCCCCAUUGACCUGCCUUGCCGAGUGCCUGGAUGCCGGUGCAAGGCUUACCACUAUGUCCCUCUGAAUGGCACCCAGCCUAUUCGCUGCAGGUGCAAACACUUUGCUGACCAGCACAGUGCUGCACUUGGCUUUGCAUGCAAUGCCUGCUCCAAGUGUUCAGGGUUCCACAGCUGCUUCACCUGUGCCUGUGGCCAGCCGGCAUAUGCCCAUGAGACAGUGGUGGAAACACGACAAGAAAGGUUGGCUCAGGGAAAACCAGUAGGACAGGAUGUUCCGUAUGCAGCAAUGGGAGGUUUAACUGGUUUCAGCUCAUUGGCAGAAGGCUACAUGCGCUUAGAUGACAGUGGCAUUGGUGCACCCUCAGUUGAAGUUUUGGACUCUCCAGUUUCCGCCAGGGACCACCCAUUCUUAAGAGCCUUCCAAACCCCGUCUACUUCUUCUCCACAAACACUAACAGAUGGUCCAAGCACUCAGAUUUCUUCCGUAAAGAAGCCUGAAGAGGAUGAUAUGGCUUAUUUUGAAAGACGAUACCAGGAAAGGAUAAAAAUGGAAAAAGCUGCUAAGCAGAAAGGAAAGGCUCUGCUGCCACCAGGCACAAAACCUUCCUGAAGUCUGUUGGAGAAAUUGAAGCCACCAUCAGGAUGCAUCUUUUAUUUAUUUAAGUUUAUUUCCUCUCAAUCUAUGUACUUUCUUAUUGUAUAAAUACGUCGUUUUGAAUUUUGCUUAGCUUAUUGAAACAGGUGAAAUGAAAAUAUUUUUGUCAGAAUUCAUGACUU